CGGCCUGGGAGCUCGCGGCAGCCCCGGCCCACUCUCUGGGCCGUGGCACCAGGCCCCCCCCAGGGGUGGGCGCCGGAUCCCGCCGGCCAGUAUCCGGGACGGCGUUCGCACCCGGGUGCCAGCCCGUGGGAAGAUCCGAUUCCGGAGCUGCCAUGAUUGAAGUGGUAGCAGAGCUGAGCAGAGGUCCUGUGUUUCUGGCAGGGGAGACGCUGGAGUGUGUGGUGACCGUCACCAACCCCCUGCCCCCCACGGCCACUUCUGCAUCCAGUGAGGCUCUGGCAUGGGCCAGUGCCCAAAUCCACUGCCAGUUCCAUGCCAGUGAGAGUCGAGUAGCACUGCCUCCCCCUGACUCCAGUCAGCCAGAUGUCCAGCCUGAGAGCCAGACUGUCUUUCUACCACACCGAGGUGAGAGGGGUCAGUGUAUCCUUUCCACUCCACCAAAAAUCCUAUUCUGUGACCUGAGGCUAGACCCUGGAGAGUCGAAGUCAUACUCCUACAGCGAAGUGCUGCCUAUAGAGGGACCACCCUCCUUUCGGGGUCAGUCAGUCAAGUAUGUCUACAAACUGACCAUUGGCUGCCAGCGUGUCAACUCACCCAUCACUUUACUCAGGGUCCCUCUGAGGGUUCUUGUGCUGACUGGCCUUCAAGAUGUCCGCUUUCCCCAGGAGGAGGCAGUUGCCCCAUCCAGUCCAUUCUUGGAAGAGGAUGAAUGUGGCAAGAAGGACUCAUGGCUCGCUGAGCUGGCUGGGGAGCGCCUCAUGGCUGCCACAUCCUGCCGCAGCCUCCAUCUGUACAACAUCAGUGAUGGCCGAGGAAAAGUUGGGACAUUUGGCAUCUUCAAAUCUGUAUACAGACUUGGCGAGGACGUGGUGGGGACCUUAAACUUAGGGGAAGGAACUGUAGCUUGUUUGCAGUUUUCAGUGAGCUUACAGACGGAGGAGCGUGUGCAGCCUGAGUACCAGAGGCGCCGCGGGGCAGGGGGUGCCCCCUCUGUGUCUCAUGUCACUCAUGCCCGGCACCAGGAGUCCUGCCUACAUACAACCAGAACGAGCUUCUCCCUCCCCAUCCCUCUCAGCUCCACACCAGGCUUCUGCACAGCCGUUGUAUCCCUGAAGUGGCGUUUGCAUUUUGAAUUUGUAACAUCCCGAGAACCAGGUUUGGUGCUCCUACCUCCCAUGGAACAGCCCGAGCCUGUCACCUGGACAGGGCCUGAGCAAGUGCCCGUGGACACCUUCAGCUGGGACCUCCCUAUCAAGGGGUGUGUACGCUGGGAUCCCUGCCUGGACCGGAGGGAGGCAUUUCCUGGGGAUUGCUAAUCCUGUGCCCCAGCCAAACCGAGGAGAUGCAGUAGGGUGCGACAGCCAGAGGCUCCAGGAGAGCGAACAGGCACCUGGAGUGGAGAAUGUUUCUCUCAGACCCUAGGGCAGGGUCUCCUUGCAGUAUCCUAGAGAUAUGGCUGCCCCUCAGAGAUUAGGGCUGGGGGGCAGGUGUCUCUUUUUUACAGGCAUCCCAGAGAUUAUCCAUUGUUCAUCACCCCUAAACAUACUGCAAAUAAAGGUUCUCCCCAUGUCUGGGGAUGGUUCUUUCAAAGAAGAACAUCUCUAAAUGCCCUAAUGGUAUGGGUCACUCCAGUUUCACAGAGAUACCGCCCUUAUCUCCUGUACAUUAUGGAAUGAGAAUUCAGGAACUUAUCCUCUGACAUCCUAUUUUGGGUUUCCUGAAGGUUCUGGAGAACCUAAAGAUGGGUGAUUAAGAGUAUAGGUUAUAGAGUCAGACUCUGGAUAUAGAUCCUGAUUCUACUUAAGAGCUGUGUGACAUUGGGCAAGUUAGUUCACCUCUCUAAACCUGUUUCCUUAUCUGUAAAUUGGGAUAGCAAUAUUAACUCAUAGAGUUGUCAAGAGGAUGAAAUGAGAUAAUGCAUGUAAUGCUCCUAGUACUGUCCCUGGCACAUAGCCCUCCGAAAAGAGUGACUACUGUGGCUGGUGCUAGACGUUCCUUUCUUUGAAUGAUGGUGAGCAGCUCUGUGUGCACAGCUGAGAGCUUCUGCUGAGGCUGCUAUCUCCUGGCACAGACUUCUGCCCCUUUCACACUUAAGCUUCUUGUCAUCCCUACCACCUUCAAAACCUGCCUCCAGCAACAUUUUGCUUUUGGUCGGUGUAUGCUUGAAAUUCUAAAUGUUUGCUUUGAGAAACAGUGUUGCUAAUAAGCCUACUUUUCCUAGGUCAGUACCCUCACUUCUACCCUGGGAAGAGGUAUCCUUUUUCCAUCCUUCCAGCUAACUUUAGGACUCCUGCUUUUUCUGGUAAGGAUUCUGAUCCACUUCUUCCCAUCCUCACUCAAGUGAACUCUCAAGUUCUCCUUUCUGACCAGUCUAAUGCUGGCCAUCUCAUUGGUACUAAUUGCCCCAAUCAAGCUGGAUUUCUUUCCCUUUUUCACACUUCAAAGACCCCUGUUCCAGCUAUUCUCCUCCUACCCACAGGGCCAAUCACUUUGGCAUUUAUUCUAUUUUUCCUUGUAAGUCUCUAGUUCCAUUUACCCCAAGACUCCCACUCCCUGCCACCCAGUGGUUCAGAUCCAACUACUUCUGGCUGACUUUUCCAGAGGGAUACCCUUCCUCUCACCUCCUCACCAUUCAGAAACAACUUCGCCAGUCCACCCCAAACUCCCUAUCUGUUUUCUUCCAAGAAGACAGCUUAAGUGGCUGGGGAUGCGGACUGCAGCGCACCUUCCCCCAGUCAGGUCUGAUAUCCGUUCCAUUUCAGAGGAGCACCAAGAGAAGAAAAGAAAACUCACAGAGGAGCAAGGUGCCUGGAUGUAGGCUGGCGUGUGGGAGGCAUGGCCUUGGACUGCUCAGGGCUGGAGCAGGUGGAUUAGAAGGCCUGACUAAUAGAAGGGCCCAGAAGUCUUGUCAGUGGUCAGUAGCUCUGCUGGUGCCUUUGUGGGGCACCAGCUGACACCCUUGAUGUUUGGACCAUAGACUACCUUCUGCUCCUGCAUCCUGGAGCCAAACCAAUAGGGGGCGGACCCUAGGGGGGAGCUAGGGAGCUUGAAGGUGGUGGUGGUGGUCAUGCUGUAGGCAGGAGGGGCCCGAUGGGGAUUGGUGUGUGUGAGGUCAUGGGACAGGAGAGGUGAGAGUUAACCGCCUGUAAUGAAGAUGAGGUAGGCAUAUAGGGGCAGGAGUAGGGGUCUUCUGGAAAGAAAGGCUGGGGCGGAGCCAGGAGCCCUUUCCCAGAAGUUGGGUGGGGGAGAGGGCGGCGGCGGGGAGGUGUUGGUUGAACCUGUUUCUUGCACGCCUGCGGGUGUGCGCGCUCGCGUGUGCAUCUGCCUAGCUUCUUGGGGCCAGAGGCCACGCUUGUGGUUGCCGCGUGUGUUGGGGGCUGGGGGUUCUGUGGUCAGGGCUCAACUCCGCGAUGCCAGUUGGUGGCGGGAGGGGGGGCGCGACGGCUGGCUCUCGGGCCGGGAGGGGGCGGCUGGCGAGCGCUGCCCACGCGGGGACAGAAAAACAUCCGCCGGAGGCUCGGCUGGGCGGCGCUCCAACAGCUCCGGGCAGGUGCGCGCGGGGAGGAAGUGAGCGCAUUCCGACCCCCCAGCCGCUGGCCCUUCGGUGAGUCACCGCUGACCCCCGCCAGAUAGGAUAGGAAGGACUGGCAGCGGCGGCGGGGAGGUCUGGGGGCCGGAGCCCCAAGGGGCAGCUGGGCUGGCGUGGGGAGCCGGGGGAGGGUCGUAGAAGCGCCCGAAAGAGUUGUGGGGAGGGCCCCGAGGGGUCCGGGUCUGGGUUUCGCCCAGGCUCGAAGCACCUGACAGACACCCACCGACCCGCAGAGCUUGUGACUGCCCGGGGAGGCGGGCGAGUCCCCGGGGGAACACUGGAGCUGAGGGAGAGGGGCCCCGGGGCAACACCGAGAGAGUCGGGGAGGAGAGACCCGGAAAGGGCCGGGAGAAGUGCAUGGCUGCGGAGCGACAGCGCGGUUGGCUGGAGUGCUGGAUAGGCCUGGGCCAGCCAGAGCCUUAGAUGUAAGGAGACUUCCACCCAGGCGGGAAGGGGGAAAUGGCCACCCCCCCCCCAGAGAUCAGGUCUGUCCAGAGGCCGGUGCGCUCCGAGAGUGAGAGGUAGGUUAGGGAGUAGCGGGAGUUAGGGCUCUUUGGGUACAGUUGUGGCGAGGUCACUAAAGGCUUUGAAUGCCGAGAUGAGGAAUUCGGAUUGGCCUCGCAGGCAGAAUCGAUGGUCUCUAAGCAGUAGUGAGGAGCUUAAACGCAAGGUUAUCUGUGUCUAGCACUACUGCCGCCUUCAGUCUUUGCCAAAGGAUUAGGCAUUGAUCCUCUAAUUUUUAUAGUCAUUUAAAAUUGCAUGACUACAUUUAUCAAACGAGUUAAGUAAUUUCGUUGAAUUUUUAAAAGAGAAACGUUGAAGAAUCUGAUUCAGUAUUUGAUUUAAAACCCAAAAGUGAGGCUACGAAGAUUAGUUACACGGCAUCGAGUCCUUUCCUUUGUCUUGCUUUUGUGCCAUUUUCCCCUCACUGAUGCGUGGGAGUUCUUGUGUUGUUAAUGCUUCACUUCUAUGUCAGUAGCAUAGCAGUUCUAGUUUUCCUCUCCCUCAUCUUACGGUCUUUACUUUUAACGUUAACUUUUGUCUGUGCAGCCCUUUAACUUGCACUAUGUAUCCUAAAUCCAGUAAAACAUUUCAUUGGGCUAUAUAGUAUAGUAAGAUAAGUAACCCAGCUUUACCAUAUAUGUUAGGUUACUUAUUAUCGUCUGUGGACAUGUAUGUAACUAUAAAGUUUCUAUAUUUACCCUGUGGCUGAUAGAGAGAUACAGCUAAAGUUGUUAUUCAGGAUAGUAUUUCUAUAAACAGAGCAAUUUAUUAGUCUUAUUUAUGUUCUAAAAUCAACUCUACAGUGUCAGAAACUGACAUUAAUUCUAUCAUGAUCUUUUAAAUUGAUGUUAUCUUGGGCCAAAGGCAAUUGCAAAGAUUAGGAUUGUUAUAAUUUAUUUUCAAGAUCCUUAAAUUCCAGUUGCCUUUGGCCCCAAGCAAGAAAAUCUGGGUCAGUUAAUUUUUUAGAAAGAAUAUAGUCUCCCACUCUGGGCCCUGUUGUUUUCUCCUGUGCUGUUUCAGCCCCAGCCCUACCUUAUUCCUAGUGGCCUUUGCCUUCAUUCCUUCUUUGCUCUGCUGGGCAUCUUUAGAGGAAAACUUCACACCAAUUUCCUCUACCAUAAAUUCUCUCCCUCCCUUCAACUCUACACUUCUCUUUGCCAACAUACACCACUGCUUCUUCAUUGAUCUUGUUUCUUUUAAGCCUACAGCCCUUUCUGGCUCUUUUCCAUCUUAAACUCUCUUAUGUUGAAAUCUCUUUUUCUUCCUUUCUCUUUGGUAAGACCUCGGAUUUUUAAAAGGUUAGGCUUUAUUUAUUCUGCAUGAUCCACUUCUGUCUUCCUUCCUCUUCUAUCACUUUUUUCUUAUUCUGGACUCUUUGUACACUCUAUUAUGCUUUCUGUCAGCAAGGCUUCAACCUUCUCCUUGUGAUUAAACAUUCUUCCUCUAUAUACAGCACAAGAUGCUUAUGCUUCCAUUCUGUUUCCUACAAGAAAAAAAAGUCAUCAAAUUCACAUCUACUUCAGUCUCGUCUUCCAACAUUUUGCAUCCAGAGUCAUGACGUGGCUAUUAUUGUAAAGUCCAUUGAGUGACCACUUAAGCUUGGUGUCGUGCUAGGCACUGUAAUAGUGCAUUUCAUAAUCCUGGUGCCAGAUUCCUAAAUGCUUACCAAUAAUGGAUGUUAUCACAUGUGUGUGCAUGAAUGUUCUCACAUAUGUAUACACACCAAAGUACACAGAUAAUAGAACCAUAAGUCAGUAAAUGACUAGGAAUAUGUAUAUUCAGUAUAUUACAUUAUAAUCAAGCCAAAUACAUUUUGGGGUGGAAGAUGAGGAUGAGUAAAUUCAUAGCUAGGAUAGGAGGUUAAGAGACAGUAUCCUUUGGCAUUCUGUAUUCAGACGAGAAGGAGAGGAGAGAGCCUUGCCUGUGGAGAUCAAGAGACUGUUUGAAGGUGGCUGAGUUUCAGGAGUUGAGAGAGAUGACUUGUAAGGCUGUGGUGAAUGGCAGGAGGAUGGGAUGAAGGGGGCAGAGUCCCAAGAACAGACAGUUGCUGUACCCAAACAGCUCAUAUUCUCUCUGGCUAGAGAAUAUAAAAGAUUCUUGGGUUGUGGUACUGGUUUCAACUAUAGUCAAGUUUCUCUUGAUAACCUGUAUUGAAGUUUUCCGGCCUUGUCUCUGCACCAUUAGAACCAUUUUUACCAAUUUUUUCUUUUUAAUUUUUUUCUGCUUAUAAAUCGGUACAUAAAUGAUAGCCCCACCACUAAUAAUUAACCCCCAGCUAACCAUCAGUAAUUUUGACUAAGUUAUUUAUCUACUUAUAUGCUUUGAUUUUGCCUGCCUGCCCCACAGUCUACUUGUAGUAGUAGUGACUUUUAAAAUGCCGUUUAUGACUCUCACUUUUAUCUCAUUUGUAAAUUGCUCUUUUCUUAAAAUUGUAGACUCAAAACUAGAUACUGAGAAGGCAUCUAGUUCUUUGUUAUCUCUGAAAUAUGACCAAGGAGGUCUUUGCUUAACUGUCUCUACUGAAUGCAAUGGGUUACUGCCACCUGUGGUGAAGGUGGCCCAUUUUAUUGUCAUCUAGCUUUAGGUACUAGAGGUUGUUCAGCUAAACCUGCCUUGCUAUAGCAUCUCAUUUUUUCCCCGUAGUUCUGCUCCUUGAAACAUAUGGGAAAAGUCUACUUGUUUUUCAAUGUGGCAGCUCUUUAAAGAUUUGAAAGGGUUUGUAUUUUGUUAGCUAUUUAUCUAAGCUUUUUUCUUUACUCCAACACUGUUCAAUAGAACUUACUAUGAUGAUGGAAAUGUUCUCUACCUGUCCUGUCUCAACAGCCGCUAGCCGCAUGUGGCUGUUGAGCACUUGAAGUGUGGCUAGCGCGACUGAGGAAUGGAAUUUUAAAUUUUAGUUAACUUAAAUUUAAAUAGCUGGAGGAGGUGAGCGAGUCUUGUGUUAGCAGAGCUGUAAACUCCGGGAGUUAGUACACUGUCACAUGGCUGUCUUUUGGCUGCUCCAGAAAUCUUAUGGUCACCUCAGACCUGGUAAAAACAUAUGUAACUGGGCUCUUGAUCUGUCUGGAGGCCAGUCUUACAUGUUGUCACAACUAGAAAAAAAACACAAAUCCAACCCUCAAAGCCCUGAUGAGUAAUGUCAGUUUUUGUUGGAAGUUUCUUAGAAGGUGUAGAAGAUGAAGGCUAUAUCUCAUCUCCCAUAUCUCAAAAGCAACACUUAAAAAAAAAUCCCUCAUUUAAUCUCUCUCCCUGAGAGUCCCUAAAGUCCCUCUCCCUUCUCUUCCCUUCCUUCUCAGAAACGUCUUUCCCCCUCUUCCUUGAGCCUUCCUCGUCCAUGCUCUUUGAGCACACCUCUGCCCCCUGCUCCUUGGAGAAGGGUUCUUGGGUGUGCUCCUCGUCCUCCAGCUCCCCUUAGGGAGAGGUAAUUCUUAUGCCCUAGGCUUGACCUUCCUGUGGCAUAACUGCUGCAUUACCCGCAUUUUUUCCCUGCAAGUCUUCCUGGUGCUUCAGCUUUGCUUCCGCUCUUGACCCCACGAUGCCAACACAAAUAGGGAGGCCUCAGGUUACUAGGACGACCAGGGCACAGGAAACCGUAGAGGCUCAGCACUCCCACAGGCAUCACAGACUGGCUGUGCCAGCUCGCUUUCUCCUUAGGGACUCAGUCACACUUCCUAAUCCCCAUCCCUAAAUUACCCAGACUGGAGGAUACCCAGGCCUAAGCCACAGACCCCUGAUUUUGCAGACCUGGUGGUGGAAUGUGGAGUGGGUGGGAUGAGGAAUGGUGAACGAAGCUUUCUUACUAACACUGAUAUUCCAAGUCACCUUGGUGAUAAUUAACUUUUGUACCAGUGAGAAUUCCAUUCCCCUGAGAGCUGAUGAGAGUAUAAGCUUUAUUUAUGUUAUUUAUACUUGCUACAUUGCACCUUGAGUCUUGGAUCUUUUUGGAUCCCUGAGUAGAUGUUUUCACAAUUUGCUUUGGGUUAAAAGAUUUAGCAAUCUACUUCUGAUACACUGGUACCAGUUAAUGUUUAGUAAGAAAAUAAUGGUUACCAGAUAAUGAAUUUAGGUUCUAUUUACACUUUAUUAUAAAGCUAGUCAUUUGUUUCAAGGAAGACCAUCUGAUUUGAUUAAGUCUUUAAAGCUGUGAAUAAGUGCAGAUCUACUUGUACUUAGAUGCUCAGAGAAUGUUGAAUUGAUCCAAAACUGGAGCAGGCCACUUCUGUGGAACAUUCCUGGUAGGCCAGAGCAAGAGAGAAUAAGGGGGGAUAAGGUAGACUUGAGAGCUCUCCUCAAACAAUUGCAGGACUGUCUUGUGGAAGAGGGGUUAGAUUUACUUGGUUUAGCUUCACAAGGUGGAAUAAGGACCUUUAUUUCAGAUGGCAGUAAUGGCGGACAAAUUUUGACUUAAUAAGGAAGAACAGUUGAAUAGUUAGAGGACCUCAAAUUGGAAUGAGCUGAAUUGUUAGGCAAUGAAUUAUUUGUGACUGUAUUGUUUAUAUAGAGGUCAGAUUACCAUUUGCAGAAGCAUUGGAUGAGAUUUUGGACAUUUAAUUGGAUUUGACCUGUAAAGAGAAACAGGCAGAUUUAUCAGAAGUCAAUUCACCUUUUCUAAUAUGAUUCUGUGGCACCUAUUGUGGUCAGUACGAUUUUCCGAGACACUUCUGCCAAGUUUACCCACGUGAGUCAUUAGAUUUGGUAGUAGAGUGUUUAGAGACUUCUCUAAUGCUGUGCACUAGUCUUCCGUUGAUUCCUCAGGAAUGCCUCCGAGGUGGCUGAGAGGUGAAUGAAGGAGAGCUGGGGCUCUGAGCCCUUUACCUGUGCAGGGAGCGGGGGUUCUGCUGGAAAAAAACCCCAACACUUAAAGGCCCUGAUAUUCCAGUUUCUUCAUCUAUUGACAGGGGAAAAGAUAUGGAGCAGGGACGUGUCUUACCAAAUGUCACACAGCUAAUAAAUUUCAAAGCGGCAAUUCAAAUCUAACUCUUCUAAUUCCAAUCAUUUGUUUCUUCCACUCUACUAGUCUACCUUAUAAUUCAGGAAAAGUUUCUCUCCAUUUUUCUGACCACCGCAGUAAUCCAGAAUUUUAUUUCUUCAGAUCUACUCUUCUCUGUUAGCCACUGAACUAGUCUCCCUGCUGUCCAAUCUCUACUUCUUGUCUAUAUUAUCUUCACUGUCGCCAAGUUACUCUUCAUGAAACAUUGUCUUCAUCAUGAGAUUUCCCUGCUCAAGAACCUUUAUGUUGCCUGUGAGAACUUUACAGCCUGGCACAUAGUUAGCAUUCCUUAGGAUCCUUGUUCAGCCAGCCGAACUUGAGCCCGUUCUCUUAUGGGCUGUGUAAUAGUGAGAUUAAUCAAGUCCCACCCUACUGCUAGACUCCAACUUUGGUAGAAUUUUUAUGUACAUUUUUAAUCAGGGAUGAUGAUAAGAUACAAAAGAAAUAGAAGAUCACAGCUAAUAAAAAGCAAGUUGUAUAACAAUACGUAUAAUAUAAUCCAAUUUAUAUGACACAUGCAUUUUUUAGAAACAAAAAUGAGAUAUAUAGAAACUGGAAAAAAACACACCAAACUGGUGACAGACAUUAACUCUGAUGAGGGGGAUUAAGAAAAGUUGGGAAGUAGGGGAGGAAGGUGGGAACUUAAAAUAUGUAUUUCUCCACUGAGGAAAGCCUCACAGAGUGGAAGGGAAACCUAAGGGACCAUGGCUUGGAACUGACAAGAGAAAGAACUGCUUAGUUGUCUUGCCUGGCUCCACUGCAAGCCAUUUCUUUGCCUCUUGCAUCACUCUGAAAGAAAUAAAAGUCGCAUGAGAUGAUUUGAUUGGUCAAGCUUAAGUCAUGGCCCAUCUGUGGCCCUAUCAAGAUAUAGAGAGAAAGGAUCUGGGGGAAGGACCUCCUAGGGAAGCUCCUUGGUUUCUGUCGAGGGAGGGCAAACAUUUGAUUUUACUCUCCCAAAAAGGCUGUUCACAGAGCUGGAGAGUCAGUAGCCUGAAAGGACAUCAGAGUAGUCUUAGGAUGCUGGGGGCUAGAAAUGACAAAUGUCCACUGACUUCAUCACCCCUCCCCCACCUAUCUGCAUCUGGAUCCUAGGCCUGCCUUUUCUUUUGGCUCAACCAAGCCCUCUGGUGUGGUUUGCCUUUCUGUUAGUUUUUUUUUUAAGAUGGAAGCGUUUACUUCUCAAUUAUGUAUUGAAGAUUUUUUGGCCACGCCGCACAGCAUGUGGGAUCUUAGUUCCCCGACCAGUGAUCGAACCCAUGCCCCCCGCUGUGGAAGUCUUAACUUCUGGACUGCUAGGGAAGUCCCUCUGGUGUGGUUUUAACCUUUACUAGAGAAUGAGGGGCAGUGAGUUAAGGGGAUGGGGCAGAGGAGAAGGGUAAGGUAGGGCAGGUAGAGAGGGCAGUUAGCAGGUUUUACUUUGCUUUCUCCCCUUCCUAUGCUUGCACAGAAAGCCUUUUCAGUGACUGACAGUUGAAAAAAUGAUUAUAAUAAACAUUUGUGAGUCCAGUUACAAAUAAAAACCUUAUCCCUCUGGCUGUUCUAACAGCCUGCUCCUCUGAUGGAGGAGCCAUUCUUCCCCUGUGGCAUGUAGACUGUGGCCAGGGAGGCAUUUCUGUCCCUCUCCCACGUAUGUGUCCCUGCCAGCACACACACCAGAUGACUGUCUGCCGUAUUUGGAAGGUCCAGACCCCAAUCAGAGUUAUGUGCCAAAAGUAUUUUGUUUUCUCACAGGGGGGAUUCUUCACUUUUGAAGCAUUAACCUUCUGAUAAAAAAUACCUUUCUUCACCUCUUAAUAUAGCUUAGGCCUGACUUUUUGAAAAUUAGCUUGAGUUAAUCACAAGAGGGUGUGCAAAUUUACUCUCUAACUUCUGUGAACUGGAAAGCAAAUUCCCUGACCGAACUCUGUUUCUGCUGGUUAGAGAAUCCAUUCCUCUGGUAUGUUUCAGAAGGCUGAUGGACCAGGGAUAAUCUUAUACCACAAUGGACUGAUUAACCUCUGUAAAGACUUAUUGGCCAGCUACCAUUAAUAACAAAAAAAGACUUAAAUAGCUCCUUAACUGUUGCAGAAUAAUUAUUUUUUCAACUUUAUUGAAAUAACAAGAUGAU